CUUUAUUACUAAGCUUAAAAGAAAAGUUUGGUGUGAGUUUGAGAUUUAUUUAUGGGAUGAUAAUUUUCUCUCAGAGUUCAAGAUGAUUUGGCAUGGUUUAUUCUUUAAGGAUGACCUUAACCAAAAGACACAUGUGGCAAAUGUGAUCUGGAAAUCAGUUGAGCUCAAAAUGUUCAUAAAUAAAUAAUUUAAAAAAAAAAUGCCUUUAUAAUGAUAUUGCUGAGUAAAGAAAGUAAUUGUUCCAACAGAGACAGUGUACACAAUGCUCAGUGUAUGAUCCCAUCUUCUCAGACAAUGAGAAGUCAGUUUUGGAGUCGUACAAUUGUCAAGUGAUUUCAUUGAAUGAGGUAAGGCCUUGCUUUUCAAAUUUGUAUACGUCUAAUUCUAACCACACGACUUUCGAUUUCUAAAAGUAAAAGGAAGUUCCUACUGCACUACCAAAAUGACAAGACUCUGCACCUACAGCUGGUUAUUUUGUGUCUUCAUGAUGCUUCAUGCACAGUAUACUGACUAAUGCAGUUCCACCUCAUCUACCCUCCUCAUUCUUGUUGUACCCAUGAGCCCCUUGUGUCGGUGGAUAUUUCAUGCUUCACUUUUAACUCCAUUGUCAUCCUUUUGAGUCUGCCUUUUGUUAAGUGUUAACACUAUGGUUGGGCCCUAAACAGCUGAUGUAUUUUUUGAUUGGUGCCAUCAUGUUACUGUGUAAGUCCCGUAUAUUCUUUUCAGGAUAUUCUUAUCCCUUAAACUAAGCAGAUUUUCAGCUUUCUUGUUGAGGUAUACAUGACCAAAGUACUUUUCUUAUUAUUAUGUGAGGCAUACAGUUCUCCUUGAGGGGCUCCUGCUUCCUAGUAUUUUCCAUCUGUUAAGAGGCCCCUGCUUAACCUAGUGUCUUCCAUCUGUUGAGAGGCUCCUGCUUAACCUAGUAUCUUCCAUCUGUUGAGAGGCUCCUGCUUCCUAGUAUUUUGCAUCUGUUGAGAGGCUCCUGCUUAACCUAGUGUCUUCCAUCUGUUGAGAGGCUCCUGCUUAACCUAGUGUCUUCCAUCUGUUGAGAGGCUCCUGCUUAACCUAGUAUCUUCCAUCUGUUGAGAGGCUCCUGCUUCCUAGUAUUUUGCAUCUGUUGAGAGGCUCCUGCUUAACCUAGUAUCUUCCGUCUGUUGAGAGGCUCCUACUUCCUAGUAUCUUCCAUCUGUUGAGAGGCUCCUGCGGUUAUCCAUUCCUCAUUGACCAUCAUUAUUUCAUAAUACAUGGAUGUAAAUAUUAAAUUUCAGCUAUUCAAAAUCUGUUUUUAUAUGAAACGGAACUUGUAAGGAAUUACUAUUUUGUGCUGAGUAAACACGUUUACUGUUGGAGUUUUUGAACCCUGAUUUAUUGUACAUGUCCAGAUUAAUAGUUGAGAAAUGCUGGGCUCUAUUGAUGAAAGAUGUUUGUUUCAACUCUUGUAGGAAGGCUGCAGAGAAUGCACAGCACCAACUGUUGCCUUUCUGCCCCACUGUGGCAAGGCUCUGUACAACAAUUUACUGUGGAGGAACCUGACGACUCCUUCUAGUCAAGGAUUACAUCAGUUGGUGCUCAUUGGAAACAGUUUCUCACAAAUGAUAGAGAGGUCAGUUGUUGUCAAUGGUUACACUCUCCUAGUUCCACUUCAUUCAUUUUGUUUUAGUCUAUCAUUUCUUUGCACAAAGAAAUAUUUUAAUUUCAUUCCCUCUGCAUUUUAAUAUUUUAGAUGAAUUUGUCAAUUUAUUUCAUCAUCAGUUAAAUAAUUUUCCUUUAAUUCCCUUUACAAAAAUUUAUUUAAAAAAAUUCUUUCAUAUAUUUAUAUGUGAUAAAAAGAGUGAAAUAAAGUUUGAAGUAUCUGCUAUUCCAAAUGCCAUGUCAUGAUUGCUAACACAAGAUAGUCUUAUUUUCUCAACUCUUGUUGUUUUUCCCCCUCAUGUAGAACCCCACUGACUAUGCUGAAAAAGACAGGGAACUUUAUAAUACAAGUGAGUUCAUUGGAUUAGAAAUCCACCCCUAUAUUUCCUAACAUACUACUGGUUUGGUAUGCUAAAAGAAGGCAGGCUCCACCUGUGUAUAAACAAGUUAGUUUUUUUUGAUUGCCUUAUUAUGUAAUCUUGAAUGUAAGUAACCCAAAGUUUCACUGAAAAAUUUCUUUAAGAUUAACAAAUAAUUAUCAUGUAUGGUAUUGUUUGACCUGAAAUAAAUCAAUGAAAUCCUCUAGAUAUUUGUACUGAUAAUGUGUAUCUCUGUCUUUGCCCAGCUGCAACCGUACACAAGAGAAGUUGCCCUGCCCACAAGCUUUGUUCAUAAAGAUAUAUUUAAUGACUUGGCAGUUCACACAUUUUCUAAGCCUGAUGACAACCAACAGUUACAAGACCUGAUUGAGACGAUGGAGAAACCUUCCUAUGAUACAAACGAUGUGGAAAUUAUCACAAAACAAAAUUAGUUGUAUUUGUACAGCCAUUGACCUACCCACUCAUGUCUCACUGCUUACAUAAUUACUGUAAGACUUUCAGCUUUAUGUUAUUUCUGUAAGACUUUCAGCUCUGUGUGGUGAAUGAAACUGUCAACAAAUUUACAUAAUACUUGAUAAGACUAAGAAUGUCAAGUAACAAAUGUAGCUAAGCAAGUUACAUUCUUGGAUGACACCUAUAUGCUGAUUACAUAACAUAAAUGAUUUUGGCCAAAUUUAAUGACAGCUAAAUGUUUAUUGUCAGGUUUAUUGUCAGCGAGUUCUCUCGUUUGUGUGGCUGGAUGUUUUAUUUAGACACCAAUCAACUUAGUAGUACCCUAUUUAAAAAAUUUGAAAUGAACCCAACAAAGGCAAAUAGUGACAUUUUAUUCAG